AUGCUGUUGAUGGAGCAUCUGCUUCACAGUUCACAUUAUUUCGGCUGUUGAGGCUACUUCAGGCCUGUCAUGGAGUGCAGAGGUGGCGUCAGUGGGUUUUUACUGCCUGCGUUGAUGAUCCUGUCUCUUUGUGAAGAUAGUGGUGGACUGGCUGUCCCUUGUACCUCUGCUAACGAAACUGCGGCGACAAACAAGGAGACAGAAAAGGGCGGAGGUCAAGCAAGAGAUUUCCAGCUGUUGGUGCUCUACAAUGUCGUUGCCCUCAGUCUUCUGCUGGCUGUCGCUGGGUUAGCGUACGGACUGAGUCAAAGACGAAGGACGAAGCAUCAGGAGGAGACGGGACGGUCAGACGAGGUCGUGAUAAACAUGGCGGCAACAGGAGCCCGAUCCGGGGCGACCUCUGCCAACAUCAACUCCUACAUCGAUGCUGACGACUGCCGCAUGGUGUUGUCCUCGAGCUCGGCCUCCAGCCAGCGGCAUCCGCAGAGUACCUCCCCACCUUCCAGCAGGUACAUCCUGGAGGUGCCACAAGACAAAGUUGACGCUCCCAGAAUUGAUGUCGAGAGUUCUCCAAACGAUUUCCUCUACACAGAAGUUGAAAAUCGACCUCCAUGUUUGCCCCCCUCACGCCGAAUGUCCGAGAGCACUAAUAACAGGACUCGGUCCCGUGACAUGACUCAAAAAAACCAAGAAGCCUUAGCCACGACCUCCAGACACUUUUCUGAAGCACCAAAUUCUACAGAGGCAGUAGCUCCAAUCACACCCUCUGUAGAUCAUUCACUAAAGAGACGCAUGGAUGACUUUCUGUACACUGACAUGAGCAGUCCACCGCCUUGCUUGCCUUCUCGCAAAAUGUCUGGACAACUUGAUGUCAGUAGGACAAAGUCUCUGACCCUCCCUCGUCAGAAACUAGAGCUUCCCUCCACGAAAUCCAGUUAUGUACCUGAGCUUCAUAGGGCACUGAGCAAGGUCGGAGUGGCCGUACCUGGAGUUGAGAGUUCUCAGAAGACGAGAGUUACCUUCCAGAAUGGGGUCGAAGAGCAAUCCCAGAGUGCAAAAGCCUCAUCUGUAAUGGCGCCAUCGGUCUACCGGAUGGUUGUCAAGAAGAAACCGAAGAGCCAAGGGCAAAUGUACCAGAAUCAGCCGGAUCCAGACAUAGCCUCCAGUCCGAGGGUAGAACGCCCACAAAAGACGAAAUCCAUGGCCCCGACUAUCAUGGGCACCUCGCAGGGUCCUACUGUACGCAACACCUUGUCCAUGGAGAAAAGGAGAACAGCUUGUCCUCCCAUCAAUACACAGAAGGCUGCAGACUUUGAUGUCCUCAUCCCGACAAAGUGUUUAACUAUGGAGUCCACACACCCGUAUGUUAAUCAACUGACUCCAGGUAUAACAUCCAGCCAAGAGUCGCCAUGGAUCGAAGACAAAGAAGAGAAUGAUGCAAACUGUGUGGACAAUGCCUCUCACAACACAAGUACUGAUGAUGACUACUACACGGAGGUUGACGACCCUCAGGAGUAUGUGACUCCUAUCCCGAGGGUCCCUGUCGAUCCCGAGACUCCAUCGCCAGCCACAGAACAUGGCUACGUCAACGUGCCGCGUGCAGACAGAAAGUCUGAACGCAGGACAAAACCAGAUAGUUCUCUCUAUCUGGACUGCCGCAAAGACAGUUAGCUCUGAAUCGAUGACACAGGUCGAAGGUACUGACAAGUCGGAGAAAGAAAACACAGGAAAUGAUGAUGACCGGCAAGUGUACUGGACAUCACUUAUUUCUAAUACCUGAGCUAUAUAUAUAUAGUCGACAGCCUGUGUACAGAACUUCCUUCCAACGAGAAAGCAAACAGCUAUUCUGGAAUUAACAAUGGGUCGUCACUUAUUUUCUAGAAAUGCUAGAAUCAUGAAAACCAGUGCAGACCACCUUUUCAACACCCUCUCCACGACCAAGAAAAAAAAAUCACGCCGUUUAAGAUAUUUUACCUCUGAUUAUUAUUGGAUUUUCUCUGUUGCUGUUGCAGUGAGGGAUGUUUGAUGAUUUCAUGGAACUUGCAAAACUGUUUACAGAAAUUGCAGAUUGUAUGCUUCUGCCCAUUUCUCGGCGAAAAAAAAUAUUCAAGAAACAGCUACGUCCACCUGAUUUUGAAACGUUCCCCAGAAUUUAUAUUUUUUUAUUUUUGCUAUAUGACACAAUUAACAUGUUGAUAAUAAAAACAAUAGUUUUCUGUCA